AUGGGCUUCAAGGGGCCUGCUUUCACAUGGAAAAGGGGAGCCAUUUGGGAGAGGCUUGAUAGAAUGUUGGGAAAUGAUGCAUGGUUUAACCAAUUCCUCCUCACCUUUGUUACUCAUCUUAGUCUUGCUGGCUCAGAUCAUAGGCCUAUGCUUAUCAACAUUACUUCUACUGAUAAUCAUACCUCCUCCCCCCCUUUUAGAUAUCUCAACAUGUGGACUGCACACCCUUCUUACAACAAGUACAUUGCUGAUUUAUGGAAAGGAGAGGCAGAAAAUGAAGUCAAAAAAUUGGAGCAUGAGGAACAGAUUAGCAAUGUGAAGGAAAAGGAAUUGUUGAUUGCUCAGAACAACCUUCUUUGUGCCAUUAAAUAUCAGGAAAAAUUCCUUAAACAUAAGGCUUGGCUACAUGAUAAUGCUGAUAUAGCCAAUGAUGCCAUAAGUUAUUAUAAAGACUUGCUAAAUCAGGAACAUCACUUCAGACCCCCUAUUGAGAAGACACAUUUCCUUGCUGAACUGAACUACACUACUAGCCUCAAGCUCUCAGAUAUCCUCAAUGAAAAGGAAAUUUGGAAUGCAAUCAGCUCAAUAGACAACAACAAAUCUGCUGGCCCUGAUGGCUUCACUGCUGGAUUUUACAAAAAUUCCUGGGAGAUUAUAAAGGCUGAUGUUAUUGCUGCAGUAACAAGCUUCUUUCAAGGCAAUAAUCUUCCAAAGUAUUUUUGUGCUUCCACCACUGGUUUUCAUGGCUCCCUGCUUUGGCUUGCUGGUAGGCUGGUGGUGGAGGAUGGUUUCUUCUUCUCUGCUGGAAGUUUGUCUUCUUUGCUGAAGUGGUUGAUGUGGAAGUGCUUCUCUACUACUUGGGUUACUGUUCCAUUGGGUUGUUGGGUUGGUUCUUCUGGUAGACAAAUUGUUGAUAAUGUUCUACUUACUCAGGAGCUCUUUCUUGAUAAUGACAAGCCUUGCAGGGGG